AGGUGUAGCUGUGCAGUUCCGCCCUCUGCUGCCUCUGCCACUGGGAAAGACUUCUUUGCCACUGCUGGGUCCGGCCAGGUUGGGCCAGGUCCUGCCCGGUCCUGCCCGGUCCGGCCAGGUCCGCAGCGAGCGGUCCUUCGCUAUGGACACGGUAUCAGCCACUGUAGCCUGGGUCUUCACGUCCCCGGGCACCCCCGAGCUGCUGAAGCCCCUGUCGAAGCUGUAUUCGGCCUUUGUAACCCUGCUACUGAAGCUGGUUGCAGUGUUACCUGAGAAUCUCCAGCCCGGGCCUGGAGACUUUUAUGGGCUCCCCUGGGAGCCUGUAUUGCUCACUACCUGUGUUGGAAUCCUUAUGCUUGUGAUUUUCUUGUGGAGGAAUGUUUUUCCAGUGAGUGAAUUAACUUGUUCUUUGACUUCUGAAUAUAUUGAGGAUUCUAUUAUCAUUGCUGCUACCCAGCAGGGCUCUCAGGCUCCGCCCUGCAGCUUCACACCCUGCCCCGGGCUCACUUCCUCCCACUCCCUGAGGUCACAUGGCUCUGAGGGGACACUCCUGAUCCUGGAGAGCACAGUCGCCCUCCCCCCCACGCCCCUCAGCUGGCACUGCGCUCUGCUGUCCUAUACUGUUUAUAGCACUCGGAAGGAGAAGACAGAGUCUGCAUUACAGAGAAGUGCAGUGAUCGCUGCUGUGGUAAAGGAGAGAAUAUACCAAGGUGGGGAAAAUAAAAAGGCUCACAUGCAGCAGCUGAUGGAUGUCUCCCGGACACAUCCCACAAUAUCCAUAUUUCAGAAAGAUCUCCAACUCCUGCAGUUGAAGCUGAGAGCCUCCCUGUCUGCCAAAUGUGAUCUGGAAGACCAGAUCAUGGAGCUAGGUGAGGACUGCGGCACGCUGCAGGCAGACAAGGCCUGGCUGGAGGAGGAGUUUAGCAUGCUGCAGCAGAAGGUGGAGAUCCUGAAGGAGCUGUCCCACCAGAAGGAGCUGGAGCUGCAGAAAAUAUUGAGUCAGGCGGAUUGUGCACAGCAGCAGCGAGAGCAGGCGUUGUUGGCUGUGGAUGAGAAGGUGGUGCCGGCCACAGAGGAGGUGAAAAUCUACAAAAUCGGUGAAAUGGAAGCAGAAUUAGAGAAAACAGAGCAUUCAUUUAAAAACCAGCUUGCUACUGAGAAGAAAAAAGCCCAUGAGAACUGGCUGGCCUCUCUGUCUCCACAACUCAGAGCCCGAAAUGCAGAGCGCCUGGUGGCAGAUGAGAAGCGGCAGGCUGCCAACCUGCGGCAGAGGCUGGUGGAAAUUACCCAGAAGCUGGAUAUGCUUAAAGAGGAGCCUGGGAUCAUCAAGCGGAUGCCGGACUGUCCUGGAGUGCAGAACGCGCCCCACAGAGGUCCCCUGAGCCAGAAGGGCUGCUUUAGCCAGUCCCCUGAGAGUGGCGGUGAGUGCUCCCUGCCCCCAGGCGCAGAGCCUCCUGGAUGGCUGCCCUCUGGGAGCCUGAACUUCGCAUGCUGCGACAUUGCCAGAGCAGACUUCGAUCCCGGCCCUGGCCCCGUGGCCAACAGCAGCUCCCGCGGUUCCUCCCCAGCGAAGGACAUGGACAACGCCAAGGUGAGCAUGGCCGUGAAGGGGCCCCCAGCCCAUCCAGGGCCCCUGUUCCUGGGAGGCCCCAUGCCGCCCCACGUGGGCUAUGGGUCACCGCUGUCACCACUGCUCUGCAGGCCCUUCGGGCCUCGGCCGAUGCCUCCUAGGCCACCGCCACCAUUCGCUGCAGCCCGCCAGACUCGAAGCACGAGGCCCAGCACUCUGAGCCCAGUGCAGCCUCCACAGCUGCUUGGACCAGAAGGGCCCUUCCGACAGAGCCGAAGUGCCAGUCUCACCGGGGUGGUCACCCGGGACACCACCAGGCGGCUGGCACUGGGAGAAGGGAGGUGCAUCACUCGACUUCCUGGUGCAGGGGAAGGGAAACCCUUGCAGCAGACCUGGGCUGCUCCUCAGGACGUGUAUGCAUGUCCCUCUUGCUUUCCAGUCGCACGCAUGGGCCCACCACUGGGCUUAAGAGACUAUGCGCCCGGCAUGCUGCCCAGACGCCACGACCUGACACUACAUCCCCGAGAGUUCUUGCCGGAACCUGUGCCAUUCAGGCCUCCAGGCCCGCUCGGCGCCCGAGCAUAUUUCAUUUCGGAUCCGCGAAUGCCACCACCACCCGCUGGGCUCCAAGACUACUGA